GGCCAGCUCUUGGCUACAUGUCCAUGUAGAUCACUCGCUGGGUCGCUGUGGGACGGUCCAAGCUCUGCACUUUGCAUACUUCAUGUUUAAUUAUAAUUUUUUCGGGGCUUACUUAAUGAGCGCGCUCCACUUGGAGGCGCGUGCCACACCAACCAUUUGGGUGGAUUGCCACAUCGGAGUUGCAGUCGGACUGGAUGGAGUGCUGGUGUAAUGAGCGGAGUAUAAAACCACCCGAGGACUCGGUAGAUUAAUUACUUCGAUUCCGAUCUCCGUCGCGUGCAUUACAUUACCCCAGAGUUCUCAGAACCCGACUGACCAAAAACCAAAUGAUGGGAAAAGUGAGCUUUCUGUUCUGUCUGGGCCUGGCACUGACUUUGAGCAGCGCCCUUGAACUGCAGCCGGAGCCGGACUACGGACCAGUGGCCUACGAGUUCCAUUGGUCAGUCAACGAUCCGCACACCGGGGACAUCAAGAGUCAGAAAGAGGUGCGCAAGGACGACAAGGUCGAGGGCGUCUACGAGCUGAUCGAUUCCGAUGGUUACCGUCGCAUCGUCCAGUACAAGGCGGACGAUCACAACGGCUUCGAGGCGAUUGUCCACCGGGAGCCCACCGACAUCAAGAUCCCCCUGCCCGAGCCAUCCAAAAAGCUGAUCGCCGCCAAGCUCGUGGCGGCACCACUCGUGCACUACGCCGCCCCCAAGGCCCUCAUCAAACAAGAGCUGUCGCCAGGUAACUAUGUCUCUGUUUCCGGACCCACAGCUCAGUACAAGUACUGAAGGCCCCGACUGACCACCUCACCAUUAGCACCUCUCCAUGAGCCAUGAGCGCCAUAAGAAAAGCAAUCUCCACUGCACACGUCAUAAUUAAAUUAUAUAUACGCCAUAAUCCUGUACCCUAGUACAUACUCGUACAUACAUACAUACAGCAGUCUACAUAUAAA